AUGUCGUGGGCGGGGUUCAAGAAGAAUGUGAACCGUGCGACUACGCAGGUGAUGAUGAAGACGGGGCAUGUGGAGAAGACGAACGAUCGUGACUAUGAGGUGGAAGAGAGGCGAUUCAAGACAAUGGAGGCUGCCGCAAACAGGCUACAGAAGGAAUCCAAAGGCUAUCUCGACUCGCUGAGAGCGAUGACCGCCUCACAAAUGCGAAUCGCAGAAACGAUAGACGCCUUCUACGGCGACUCGGGAGCCACGGACGGUGUGAGCCGGAGUUACAAGCAGGCGGUGGAGGACCUCGACGCCGAGACCAUCAAAGCCCUGGAUGGUCCGUACCGGAGCACCGUCCUCGACCCGAUCGCCCGAUUCUGCGCUUACUUCCCGGACGUGAACGAAGCCAUCAAGAAGCGCUCCCACAAGCUCCUCGACUACGACGCCCUGCGCGCCAAGGUCAAGCGCCUGGCCGAGAAGCCAGAUAAGGACGCCACUAAGCUCCCUCGGACCGAGAAGGAGCUGGAGAUGGCCAGGCUGGCGUACGAGAACCUCAACGAGCAGCUGAGCACGGAGCUGCCCCAGCUGAUCGAUCUACGCGUGCCCUACCUCGACCCCAGUUUCGAAGCCCUCGUCAAGAUCCAGCUGCGGUUCUGCGCGGAGGCGUAUUCGCGAAUGGCUCAGGUGCAACAGUACCUGGAUGCAGACACUAGAGAUCAGUACGCAGAUGGGCAGCUGGACGCAAGAGUGGAAGAGGUGCUUCAGGAGAUUCGGGAGUUGACCAUCAGCGGAACGGUAUAA